AGAGUACAUCCUGGUGGACUUUGAUAGGACUAGUUCAAUUCUCACGACUGUCUCCUUCCAGUACCUUGAGGUUCUCUGCUUAGGUCAACUGGGCCUGCCCGGUGCAAGCUGGAGCUGCACAAUGAAGUCACAGGGUGUUCUCUGGGUCCUGCUUGGAUUGCUGCUGUGGUUGGAACCAAGGACAGCCUCCUUGCCCCUGGUCAUGGACUUCAUUAUUCAGGCCCUGACUGAGCUUGAGCAGAAGAUACUGGUGACCCAGGUCAAUGGAACUGCCUCUGCAUGGAUACUGUCAGCCCAGGACUCCAGCCUCCACAAUCCGCUUCACCGCCACUUGCUGCUGAAGACAGAAAACCACAAAGCUACGGAGCUAGGUCCUCACCCACUGAGCCCAGAGAUUCAAGACCUGAUUUCUGAGGUGGCCCAACAUGAUGUACGAGAUGGGCAGGAAUAUGGAGUUGUGCUGGCACCUGAUGGCUCCACGGUGGCUGUGCAGCCUCUGCUAGUGGGGCUGGAGGCUGGGCUACAAGGGCACAGAGUGGUGGACUUGCCUUUGAACUGCCUGGCCACCCCUUGUGAUGCUGGAGACGACUUGCCAGAUGUUGGAGCCAUCUGGCCAGGACUCAGAAAUGCCUCCCCAGAUGCCUCCAUCCCAGAUGUUGGAGCCACUUUACCAAAUGGCAAAACCAAGGCCUCCACCAUUGUGGAGAGACUCCUGGCGAUCACCCUGGCUGGAGACUUGAGUCUGCCUUUCUUCCACAGCCCCCAGACUCGGAGUCCUCCAGGCCUGGGAACUGAGGGCUGCUGGGACCAACUCUCUGCUCCCAGGGUCUUCACAUUGUUGAACCCCAAAGCAUCCAGACUCACCAUGGCUUUCCUCAAUGGUGCCUUGGAUGGAGCACUCCUUGCAGACCACUUGAACCAGAUUCAUAAGCCCCACCCACCCCUCAGCCAUCUGCUGAGACAGUACUACGGAGCUGGAGUGGCUGGAGAUCCAGAGUUUCGCAGUAACUUCAGAAGGCGAAAUGGGGCUUCUGUGACUUCAGCCCUCACUCUGGCCCAGCAGGUGUGGGGGGCCCUUGUCCUGCUACAGAAGCUGGAACUGGGACAUCCCCAGUUGAAGAACAUGAGCCAAGAACAGUUGGCUCAGGUGGCUACUUAUGCCAGCAAGGAGUUCACCGAAGCCUUCUUGGGAUGCCCGCCUAUCCACCCGCGCUGCCGCUGGGGAGCAGCGCCUUAUCGGGGCCGCCCGACACCACUCAGGCUACCGCUCGGGUUCUUAUAUGUGCAUCACACGUACGUGCCAUCGCUGCCUUGUACCACCUUCGCGCUCUGUGAGGCGGACAUGCGCUCCAUGCAGCGUUUCCACCAGGACACCCGAGGCUGGAAUGACAUCGGCUACAGUUUCGUGGUGGGCUCCGACGGCUACGUGUACGAGGGCCGAGGCUGGCACUGGGUGGGCGCACACACGCUCCGCCACAACUCCCGCGGCUUCGGUGUGGCCUUUGUGGGCAACUACACCGGGACUCUGCCCAGCGAGGCGGCCCUGCUCACAGUGCGCGACCUGCUCCCGAGCUGCGGGAUACGCGCGGGCCUACUGCGGCCAGACUACAAGCUGCUGGGCCACCGCCAGCUGGUGCACAGCGACUGCCCUGGGAACGCGCUCUUCAGUCUGCUGAGCACCUGGCCUCACUUCACUGCGACGGAAAACUAAGAACUCCCAGAAGAAUCCCUUGGAGAUCCAGGAGGCACUACCCCUGAUUAUCAAUCCUUCCGGCAGCCACAGACCUCCAAUAAAGGCACCAC